AUGUCUAUUGUAGCUAUUGGAGACUUGUUUGUAGAGGAAGUGAUAGCUAUUGUGGAUUCUGUCAUGAACACAGGGGUUUCUCCUUGCACCCAUUCUGCUGACAUUCUUUUUCCUCAAGAACAUGACCAUGAUGAUGAUGAUUUGGACUUGCUAUUUCCCCACCAGGUUUUGCUUUAUUUGAGGAAGAAAAUCCUCACCCUUAUAAUUUGGUUAUUCAUUCUGCAUUAUGAAUUCUAUGUUACCACUUCGGAUGUUAUAUGUUCUAUUAGCAAAUUUUCACAGGCUUCAGGUCGUGUGCAAAUAAGCAAUGUCCAAGUACAGAUAUGCCAACCAGGUAGCAUAGGUGAGAAAUGUAAUCCUUUUGUUACAAGUGGUUUUCGUUUGAACAUCAGUCCUGUCCAUAGUAAACUGAGUUUGUAUGAAGGUUUAUGGGAAGAAUUUCAAAUGCUGUGUCAUAUACCUUGUAAGGCAAUAUCCAGUGUUGUUUCAUUGGCUGACCUUGUGUAUAAUGGAAUGGACAUUAGUGGAGAACAUGUUAAUCUACUGGUUGGUGUACGAAAGAUAACAUCAAUACAGCCUAUUUGCACCAAAGAUGGCCGAAGUUUACAAAAAAUAGACUGUCAUGUGUUUGAUCAGACUUACCCUCUAAUAGUUAUUUCAAUAUGGAAUGAAGAACAAAUUUUUAUAGCAGAGAAGUGGAUGCCACAAAAAACAAUAUUGUUCAUCAGUGAUGUUAAGGUAUGUUACAAUGAUCAUUUAAGACGAGUGGUAGCUACAGCUGACAACCAGACAGUUUUUACACAGAACCCAGAUGUGCAUGAGGCCCAUACUCUCUAUCAAUAUGUUCAAACUGUUGACUUACCUCCUGAUGAUACAGAAUCAUCUAGAAUGGAAAAUGCAGAAAGUUUGUGUUCGUCAUUAAUUUUCACAGUGACAGACAUUAAAAAACUCUUUGAUGGAAAGCAACAUGAUUGUACAAACAUUUAUGGAACAUUGUUUUGUUUUUUGACCCAAAUGGACUUGGAUGGUACCUCUUCAUAUAAGAGUUUUUGCUGUGGACACUGUAAUCGACUGAUUCAGCAAAAUGGAGACAGAUGUAUUAAUCUAAGCUGUCCAGUGGGAAAUGGAAGUGAGGUAUCAUUACCAGUCCAGCAGUUUGACCUUUCUGUUAGGCUCUCAGAUCAUAGUGGUUCAAUUUGGACAAAAAUUCGAGGUGAUGUUGUUGAGAAGAUGUUCAACUGCUCUGUAGAAGAUUUUACAGCUUUGUCUCUUAGCCAAAAAACUUGUUUAAAAUGGAAAUUCCUACUUGAAAGAUGGAAGUUCUACCUAAAGGUUAUGCCUUCUACAAGUAAACAGGGUACCUUCAGCCAGGUUUUAAGCUGUCAAGCUACUUCACCAAUGGAAGUUGCUAAAGCACUAGCAAAUAUUGCUGUCUGAUGUGAUAAACUGAUAAAGUACAUUAUUUAAAAAAGUAUUAUUCAUAUUCAGGAUGGUCCAUAAGUAGGUAUACAGUUGAUAAUUGAUAAUUUAUGUAAUGGCACUUUACACAUGGUAUGGAAUUAUGGGGAAAUUGAAAUCUGUUGCUGUUUACACAAUCCUGGAGUCUGCCUACCACCCUUUUGCAAACGUUUUGACACAAAUAUGUCUGUCCAUCAAGUUUUGUAAAUGCAACUGUGAUGUACCCUUUCAUUUCAUCAACAUUCCGUGAUUUCCUACUGUACACAUUGUCCUCGAGUACUCUCCAAUACUAUAUACCUACUUUUGGGCCACUCUGUAUAUAUGAAUAUAUAUAUAUAUAUAUAUAUAUAUAUAGAAGUGCUGAUAUUUUUACAGUUGAAAUAAUAUAGGAUAUGCAGAAUUAUUUUUUUAAAUACAAUAAAUGUUUUAUUCUCGGUAAACAAAACUCUUUAAUA